GGGGUCGAGGAAGUGGUGACCAGGGGAGGCGCGUGUAUAAAUACCCAACACCUCGAGGUCCGAGCACCAGUCCUCUGCCCUCGCCGCCGACGGAAACACACCCCUCCCCUCGCAACAUGAAGGUCCUGGCUUGCAUCGUCCUCCUGGCCGCCUGCGUGCUCGCAGAGGAGAAGGACAAGGCCGUAGAGAAGAGGGGAGUGCUGGGUCUGGGCUACGGAGGUCUGGGCUACGGCGGCGGUUACGGCUACGGCGGCUACGGAUACGGCGGCUUGGGCUACGGCCAAGGUCUGGGCUACGCUGCCGCCGCCCCCGUGGCAGUCGCCGCCGCUCCCGUCGCUGCCGUGUCCAAGGUCAGCUACGCCACCACCCACCUCGCCGCACCCGCCGUAGCUAAGGUCGCCGUUGCCGCUCCCGCCAUCAGCUACGCCGCUCCCGCCAUCAGCUACGCCGCUCCCGCCGUCAGCUACGCCGCUCCCGCCGUCGGCUACGGUCUCGGACACGGCUUGGGCUACUCCGGCUUGGGCUACUCCGGCCUGGGCUACUCCGGACUGGGCUACUCCGGCCUGGGCUACUCCGGUCUGGGCUACGCCGGCCACGGUCUGGGACUCGGCUACGCCGCUGCUCCUGCCGUAGCUAAGGUCGCCGUGGCCGCUCCCGCCGUCAGCUACGCCGCUCCCGCCGUCGGCUACGGUCUCGGUCACGGACUGGGCUACUCCGGUCUGGGCUACGCCGGACACGGUCUGGGCUACGCCGCAUACGGCUACCAUCACUAAGUCAAAACGUUUCAGCGUAAAUAGCUGUUUCGCAUCAUCAGCCAACCCGAAGUCAUAAAUUAUUUUCAAAUCCCAAAUUCAUCAGUCACGCCACAAACACAUUCUGAAGCCAUACUUCACCCCCCUCUUCACACUUGUAAAUUCACCAUGAAUCUCGCACCACUUAAUUCUCACUGAUUCUUCUUCCUUUUCUGCUUCAACUCCAUCGCUCACUGUUUUAUUUAACACUAUUUCCCACUCAAAUAUAAUUUACUCUCUUGGGUCGUUGUUGCUCAAAGGCCACAGGGAUGAACGUGCAAUACUACAUAAUACACCUGCAAAAUGAGAUUUUUUGUCAUUAUUGUAUUGUGUAUUUACCUUAAGACCAUUGUAACAUGUGAUUUUUUUUAAAUGACAAUAAAAAAAUUCAAACAAA